CAUGCUUGCUCCGCGUCCCCCGACAGUGCAUGCUGGGUAAAUCUCCCACCGAUUAGCUAUAAAUACACUAAUGUAACUAAAGCAGAAUCAAUAAAUUAUUGCAUCUGGAAAAGAGCGGUUGAAAUAUUUAUCCCGUCAGAGGGCCGCAGAUGGAUCACGCCAACGGGAGCGUACCAGGAAUGACAACAUAAUAAGAUGUGCCUGUUUAGUCCCGUAACAUGGCCCCGACGUGGAGGUAACAAGCAGAUGUUACUUUGGAGGAAAGCUAUGCUUCCUGUUGGUCCCGGUCCUCCUGUCAACGUCACCUGCAACAUCUUCAUUAACAGCUUUGGAUCCAUCACUGAAACCACCAUGGACUACCGGCUAAAUGUGUUUCUGCGGCAGCAGUGGAAUGACCCCCGACUUGCCUAUAAGGAGUAUCCAGACGACUCCCUGGACUUAGACCCCUCAAUGCUGGACUCCAUCUGGAAACCCGAUCUGUUCUUUGCAAACGAAAAGGGAGCAAACUUCCACGAGGUUACGACCGACAACAAACUGCUCCGGAUAUUCCAGAAUGGAAACGUCCUCUACAGCAUCAGGCUGACGCUCACUCUCUCCUGCCCCAUGGAUCUGAAGAACUUCCCCAUGGAUAGCCAGACAUGCAUAAUGCAACUGGAGAGCUGUGAGUUCAUCCUUCAUGGCAGGCGAAGCCAGAAGUUGUGUGUAGAUUUGGUCAGUGAACUUAUUGCUCACUGCGCAGGUUCUCUGUGUUUCCUAGUUGGCUACACCAUGAACGACCUUAUUUUUGAGUGGCUGGACGUCGGAGCGGUGCAGGUGGCCGACGAUCUGACGCUCCCCCAGUUUGUGCUGAAAGAGGAGAAAGGUCUUGGUUACUGUACCAAGAACUACAACACAGGUAAAUUCACCUGCAUAGAGGUUCAAUUCUACCUGGAGCGUCAAAUGGGCUACUACCUGAUCCAGAUGUACAUACCGAGCCUGCUCACCGUCAUCCUGUCCUGGGUGUCCUUCUGGAUCAACAUGGACGCCGCGCCGGCCAGAGUGGGCCUGGGGAUCACCACGGUGCUCACCAUGACGACACAAAGCUCAGGCUCCAGAGCCUCUCUGCCAAAGGUGUCUUACGUCAAAGCCAUAGACAUCUGGAUGGCCGUGUGUCUCCUCUUCGUGUUUGCCGCGCUGCUGGAGUACGCAGCUGUUAACUUCGUUUCACGCCAGCACAAGGAGUUCUUCAGACUCAGGAAGAAGCUUAAAGAGCAGCAGCGGCAGCAGCAGCAGAGAGCUCAGGGAAGCAGUGACGGUAAGGGGAAGGGAAACGCCACGCCAGGAAACAAUGCCGCUCACGGGAGCGCAACCCAGCGGUGCAGUGCCUGUGCCAGGGAAGAGGAGCUGGCGCAGCAGGGGUUUCUCCUCCAGAGCAUUGGACUCUCCCUGUCCAGCGCCCCAGAAAUGGACGCAACGCCGGUCUUCGCCGACUUGCCUCCCGGUUUAGGCUUUUAUGAAAUCCGGCGGCGUUUCGUGGAGCGGGCAAAGAGGAUCGACACCAUCUCCAGAGCCGUGUUCCCCAUGAGCUUCCUCAUGUUUAACGUGCUCUACUGGCUCACCUACAAAGUUCUACGGCACGAGGACCUCCAGUUCACUCUUUGACCACCGUGAUCACGCCAGGGACCUUUGAACGUGAAAYGUUUGCAGACUGAGCGGCCUUUAUUGGGCCACGCAGAGGAUGUCGAACUGCAUGUGCAGUACCACUGAAAAAUUCUAUCAUAAAACAAAUCGUGUGGGWUUUUCUUUUUMUUUUAUUUCUUUUGAUGAAAUUUGCACUUAAUUUGCACUUUGUAAGCAUUGCAUACCAGAUUACAGUGCGUGUUUAACCUUCCUCUAUCACUUGUGUUUGGAUGCUGUGAAAUCAGGCCAGUACAUUUUACAGAGAACUUAUUCACCUCAAGGGCCCUCCACACUUGCUGGUACCCCUGGUAAACGUGUGCAAAAGCAAUAAAAUUCAUAUUUUAUUACAGUA